UUCCAUCCGGCCAAUCGGCGGGCUCCAAGGCUCCUCCCCCUGACAGGUGACCCGGAAGCUAGGCGGGGGCUUGUCUCGUGAUGCUCGGAGCUCGGAUGCAUUGCCGGGAUAAGGAGGCGGCAGCGAGCCGGCGGGGGACACAGCCCCGAUCCCGCUGGAGAGAUGGCGCAGCCUGGCGCCCCGCAGCUUCUCUCGGACUACAGUGAUUUCGGGCGGCCGCAGCUCCUCCGGGACGCCCUGCGCUCACCCCCGGGGGACUCCCUGCUGCUGGCCAGCCCGGACCGAAGACACCUGUUUCUGUGGCUCCCGCGCCGGAGGCGGCUGCUGUCCUUUCCGCGGAUGCCGGCCGCCCUUCACCACCCGCCGCCGCCCGGAGCCUGCCUGGAGCGCAGCUGGCCGGCCCCCUCCCCGGACCUGUGCGAACUGCUCUUCCCCCGGUCCCCCGGGCAGGGCUGGCUGCUGGCCCUGGUGUGGCGGGACGGCCGGGCGGAGGUGUGGUGCCCGCCCAGGUCUGGAGGCUCCGGUCAGGCCUGGGAGCUGCUGCAGUCGCUGGAGCUGUGUAACAGCCCCCGGGCCCGGGUGUGUUCUGUGUGCUGCAGCGGGGACGGGGAGUUGGUGUGGUGCGAGGAGAGACCCCCGUCCCGGCCCCAGGACUCCUCCAGCCCCCUCUCCUACUGCAUCUGCCGGAGAGCCCUCAGGGUGAGCGGCCAGCGGGUGACCCUGGCCACCAUGAAGAUCGUCCUCCAUCACAGCCCCCGGUACUCCCUGCUCAGCUCCCACCGGCACGGGGUCUACAUGGUGGCCGCCGCCGGCCCUCACCCCAUCCUGCUCUACUCCCCGGUGGAAGAUGCAAUCACCACGGUUACCGUGCCCGAGGGGGCCAUCCGCAGCACUUCCCUGGCCGAAGGCGAGGUGGACUAUAAAAAGCUGGUGGCGGAGUACCUAGGGUUCCUGGCCCGCCGGGCCCGGUCAGAAGUACGGCGCUUGGCGGUCACCGAGACUGGCCAGCUCUUGCUGGUGACCACUGACCUCCGGAUAUAUCUGAUUCAUGAGAACGGAGCCGUCAGGCACAUAUUUGACAUCGAGAAUGACGCCUCAGACGGAGCGGAGAUCAAAAUGCAUCUGUUUGGGGGCACGUUGGCCUGUGCCGUGGAUACAGAGCUGUACCUGGUCAAUGUCCACACCGGGAGACUGGUGGCCAAGCAGCUGUGGAACGCGGAUGAGCUGUUUCUUGUGACGGCGUUGGAUACGGAAGACGUCCAGGUCCUGACCAAAACUGGCGUCUUUCAGGUCAGCCGCUCCAUCGGCGUAGAGGAGGCUGGGCGGUCUGAGCCGGUGCAGCUGGAGAUGGUCUACGAAGAGGCGUGCCAGUACUACCAGAGGAGAAGUCUGAGUAACGCCAAGCUCACGGUGCAGGCGAUAAAGAAGGAAGGGAUGUUCCAGGCCCCCAUUAUUCUAUCCGCCAUACUCUGCAGCUACCAGAAAAACAGCCAGUCCAAGGAUCAGCAGCAAUAUGUUGAGCUGCUAAGCAACAUGAACAGCGAACUUCAGAGCUUCAUCAGUCUGGAACUUCUGAAAGCAUGCAUCAUCAACGCCUCCGACGUGGACAUUGAAGAGCGUUGUGAGGAGUUGGUGGAUCAUGAGGUCACUCGUCUUCUUCAGAUGGACCUGGACAGAGACAGCUUAGUGUACAUAAACUCCCUGUUCAGUACGUUCCCCAAGGCUGGCUGGAUGUCUGUGAGAAAUAACUUUCACUUUCAGCAGAGCAGUGACGGCAAGCUUAUAGUCAGGGCCACCGCUGACCUCUGGAAAAAGGUCCUGAGCCCCCUUCCUCCAGGAUCCAGGGACAGCUCUCCUAACGGUGUCUAUCCUCUGUUUGAGGUCAUUUGUCGGUCUCUGUGUACGUACAAACCAAAGUGGCUACCUGUUUUCGUUCAGCACGCCCAGGAUUGCUCAAGCUUUUGUUGGAACUUUACCACCAAAGAUACCUGCGAGGGUGUGCCGCUGUAUAAAAGGGCCUUGUCCAUCCUACAUAAAUUCAAAGUAAACACUAAUACAGACCUGGAGGUUGAGCUUCUGCUGGGCAGCGGGAGGCCCCAGGCCAUCAUACAAGCUGUACACAUAUUGAUCGGCCUCCAGCAUUGGUCAAGGGUUAUGGAGGAAACUCGUAGGUUCUCUCAACUGAGUCCCCUUAUCACAAAGGACAUCUUUAUUACACUUCUUGUAGAAUUCGUCAAGAACAGACACUUGGACUCCUACGUCAACCAGCUGUGCGAGAUCUGCCCUGAAGGGAUGACGGCUACAGACAUCUUACACGUUGUCCUUCAGAACCUGCCCAAAGCCCAGGCAGAUCCUCCUCCGUUUUCGUCCGAGGGAGUACAUUUGACUAUAGGUUUACUCAAACCACUCUUAAGUAAAGUCUUACAAAGCCAGGUCGGGAAAGAGGAGACCUUUUCAUCCCAAACUUUUCCUCCGGUUACCCCACUGCGGACAAACAAAUCUGUUGCACGGCUUCCUUUAGUAAAUGGGGGCAUCCUAUCUCCCACAGACAUCUACGCUACGGAUUCUUCAGAAAUUGCUCCUUUCUCUACUGUAUCAAAAUAAUAUAAGUGAGGUUUGUUUUUUCUGAAGUGCAUUCUGCUUUUCUUGUAUUUAAGGGGUCUAUUUACUAUGCCUUGGAUGGAGAUAAAGUACCAGCCAAUCAGCUCCUAACAACCAUGUUACAGGCUGUGUUGGAAAAAUGACAACUAAGAGCUGAUUGGCUGGUACUUUAUCUCCAUCCAAGGCUUAGUAAAUAGACCCCUAUGUCCAGUAUUGUUUUCCAUUUACUUGUGUUUUAUCUCAAACUGCAACUCACUCUAGUGUUCGGUCACUUUAUUUGCUUGACGGUUACUGUGUGUUGUUAUCGUUUUAAUAAUAUGAUAUAUACAGUAUUUAUGGCUGAGAGGGACCUUAGUAUCAGCUCCCACUCCGUGUAAAUAAAUUACAAGUCAUCGAACAAAUAUGUGUUUAAGUUAUAGAUUGGAUCUGUAUUUAUUAAACGUGCUUUGUACAUUAUCUUCUAUGUUCCGGGUGUACGGAUGACGAGCACAGUCCUAAUGUUUGUUUGCUAGUCGGUUAGAAAUGCACAUUUAUGUCUGCUGCAAUGAGAAGUGUAUCUUAUGGAUUAAAUAUGCAUUUUCUAGUACUCCAAGCACCUUUUUCCAUAUUGCAGUGUUUUACAGUGUUAAAAGAAAUAAAUGAUUUUAAUUGUAAA